UUGCCUGACUGACAGCUACUAUUCCAAUAUAAACUGUUCAUUUAGGACAAAAAUAAGUAUAGAGGCCAUAAAGGAUUUUUGGGUUUUAUUAUUGAGGAAAAUCUCAGCAGCUGUACUCAAACUUAGCUUCAUAUCAAGAGAAAUUAUUUAGAAAAGUUUAUAGAAACAGGCCAAAAAAAAUACACACCAUACAGCAUCAGUUAUUUUUCCAUAACAGCCUCAAAUUGUGUUGUAAACUGCGACUGCUGAAUAGAAAUUAAUAAAUCAAAUAAAUCAUGAAAUGACGUAACACUUCUUCCUCUUUGUGUAUUUUGGAGUUCUCCUAAUUCAGAUGUCAUAAUCCUCAGAAGGCCACAAAAGGCCUUUUACACAUCAUCAAUCAUUUUGACUUGUCAUAGUAGGAAAAGCACUAAUCACAUUAACGAGUGUCUCAGUAAAGCCAUGACAGUGUGACAGUCAACAUCCACAAUACCAGGACCCUAAAACUGAAGCAGCUAAAUAGAAUUCAGCCAUCAUCAGUUAUGUUAUUUGCACUUGUGACUUUAGCCAUGUGGCAUGUCAAAAUGUUCUCUGUGAGAAAAGUCUAUUGCAGCAAAAACAUUUGAUGACGCAGGCACAUCCAGUAACAGGAAGGAAACAUUGGGUCAACUCUCUCUUUAAAAGAAGAACAUAAAUCUUGAAGGGCACAAUUAGGUGUCUCGUUUAGCUUUUAUCAUCUUCAUAAGCUACACCGGAGCUGGUGCAGAAGGGAGUCAUGUCGAUCGAAGUUACCUUUGAUGAUAAUUAUUGGGAUCAAAUGAAUGACACCGCCUACCAUAAUCACACACUCUACGUUGUGGAUCCGAUGACGUUAAGAUGUGAUAUAAAACCACUGGAUCCCAUAGCAGCUGUGAUCAUGAGUAUCAUCCUCAUAAUGAUCUUUUUACUGGCAAUACCAGGGAACCUGUUAGUGGGGUGGGUGAUCGGCACCAGUCGGCAGUCUCUGACUCCGUCAGAUGUGUACCUGUUACAUCUGACAAUAGCAGAUGGUCUGAUGGCUCUUACCCUCCCAUUCUGGUCAGCAGCAUUGGUCCAAGGAUGGCUCUUCAGAGACUUUAUGUGCAAACUCCUCAGCCUCAUCAUCGAAGCAAACUUCUACACCAGCAUCCUCUUCCUGGCUUGCAUUAGCAUCGAUCGGUACCUUGUGAUUGUGCAUGCCAGUCAGACUCUCAAGAGUCGCCAGAGGAUGUGCAGCUGGCUUGUCUGUGCAGCAGUGUGGGCUCUCGGUGUGGCCCUCGCUCUGCCUGCACUUUUCAAUGAUGCCUUCAAGUUCGGUGAAUCAGACAGGAUGGUUUGCACUGAACGCUUUGACCUUGGCAAGCCCUCUUCAUGGAGGAUUGCCACACGUGGGUUCCGCCAUAUAUUUGGGUUCUUGCUCCCUGUGAGUGUCAUGAUAACCUGCUACAGCAUCACCAUUGCAAGGCUGCUGCGCACUCGUGGUUUCCAGAAGCACAGGGCCAUGCGGGUGAUCAUAGCCGUGGUGAUCGCGUUUCUGCUGUGCUGGAUGCCGUACCAUUUAACCAUGAUGGUGGACACGCUCCUGAGGGCUGAUCUGAUAUCGUCUAACUGUGCUAUGAGGCGUUCAGUGGACAUGGCUUUGGUUAUAACCAACAGCUUGGCUCUGCUGCACAGCUGCAUCAACCCUGUCCUCUAUGCCUUUGUAGGAGAGAAGUUCAGGAAAAACAUGCAGCUGCUUUUUCUGAGGAAAGUCAGACAUGAGAGGAUGUCAGGGUCAAAGAUCAGCAGGUCGACAUCUCAGACUUCAGAAGGCACUGGAGCUGUUCUCUGAGACAUUGGUGGGUGUGUAGAAAUGAUCCCCCUCUUAAAAAAAAGAAAGUAGUGAGAAGACAUUCUGUAUAUCCUUCCUUCAGCCUGUGCAAUAGCUUAUAAAUGGAUAGAUAUGAAUGGAAAUACAUUGACAUGGCUUUAUGUCUUAGCUUCUCUGCUCAAUUUAAAGACUUUUCUGAUGUUUUUGUAGGUUUCAAAGAAUUAAAGUUUUCAUUUAGGAUGAUAGAAACAAAUGGAACAAGACAAAAUCGAGUGGUUGGACUCUUCUGUGCAGAAACAAAUAAACAAUGUAUUGUAAUGUGUAUGUGUGGGUGCAUAGAAGGCGUGUAAAAUGCACAGGUCUACAGUCACCUUAUCCCUUGGUCAGAGAGUAUUUCAAAUCACAAAAUUGACAAUAAGGUGUGAGGUUAAACAUAUGAUUAUUUACCGUACUGUAUAUGUCCCUUUUUUGUCUCUUGGCCAAAGAAGAAUUAAUUUCCAUCUACAGCGAGUUAAUAUUUGAUUAGUAGAGGUUGUUUUACUAUAUUUAGUUUCACUUAUUCUAUGCUUUUGAUAUUUAUGGCACACUGCUGCCAUCUAUUGAAUUUACUGUUACCUACAUCCUUUAGUGAAACAUUGAAUUUCCAUGUAAUCAGUGUUAAUUUUUCUGAUUAAUUUCAAUUUUCCAUGUUUAAAAGUGAAAGAGCUUUUGUGAACCACAAUGAUAAUGUGAAUAUAUGCUUUUCAGUGUUUUUAACCAAACAAUCUGUGCUAUAAAGGUUGUAUAUUGCUGUCUUUUUUGGUAAAAGUCAAGAAAUGUCUGAAUGCUUCAACUGUCAAGUCUUAAUGAGUUAAUCAAUUAAAAAUAAAAAGAUUUGCAA